AUGUUGAUCUUGAUCGCUGGAAUAACCGGGAUGGUGGGCCAGCCUUUGGCUGAGUACGCAAUUUCCAAGGGCCACCGCGUCAGGGGACUUGGGCGUAAUCCAGCCAAGUUGCCUGCUACGAUUCGCGACAAUCUGGAGGGGUUCGUGACUUCCACGGGCAUCUACGAUAUCCCCGCCCUCGACCGGGCCGUUUCGGGUGUGGAUGCUGUUAUCUGUGCCUACAAUUUCGAUCCUGAGAUCGUGGUUGAGGGUCAGCUGUUCCUAUUGAGGGCCGCAGAGCGCGCCGGUAUCUUUCACGCCGCGUCGUGGAAUUACGAUUGGACUUUGGGACAUCUAGGCCAACAUGAAACGUACGACUCAUAUAUCGCUUUUGCUGCUCAAGCGCGCAUCAGCUCGCGAAUCAAGCCGCUCUAUAUGUUCACGGGAGUCAUCGCCGAGUGGCUUUUCUCGAACCGCCGCGAUAACAUUUGGGACCGCGAUACAAAGACAAUGUCGUAUUUCGGAGAUGGCACUGAGGAAUGGAUUGGCACUACGGCCGGGGACCUCGCUGCUUACACUGUCGAGGCUGUCUCGGCACCAUCGGCUGAGCAGGGAGGCUUUCUGCGCGUCGAAAGCUUCCGAUUUACACCAGCUCAGCUUGUCGCGGCGUACGAGGAGGCACGCGGCGGUAAAGUUAAGGGGCAUCUGAAGUGCCAUGGGUCUUUGGACGACGUUGUGUCCAUGCUUGCCAAGGCUAGGGCAGCGACAGAUCCAAUCGACCAUGAGAACUAUAUUGGGCUUGCAUAUGUUGAGCAUACGCUCAAGGGUACCUGGAACUAUGAACCAGUGGACAACAAGCGCUUUCCGACUGUAAAGCCUACCUCCCUACGGCAGUUCUUCGAGGCUCACCCCGAGCUCUAG